AGCGGAGUAGAGGUUGCCACCUACUUGGCCGGCCCGAGCCGAGGCGCCGGCUACGGGAAGCAUCCCGGCUGGGGCACACGCGGGGCUGCCGGGCGCGAAGCACCGAGCCGUCAGGGCAGGCGGCAACAUCCAACUAUGCGGGUGGUGGGAGGUGCGCGGACCGUCGCGCUAGCGCUGCUGCUCGGGGCGCUGCACGGGGCGCGUGGCCAGGAGUACGACUACUAUGGUUGGCAAGCAGAGCCACUGCACGGCCGCUCCUACUCCAAGCCACCGCAGUGCCUCGACAUCCCCGCCGAUCUGCCACUCUGCCACACGGUGGGCUACAAGCGCAUGCGGCUGCCCAACCUGCUGGAGCACGAAAGCCUGGCCGAGGUAAAGCAGCAAGCAAGCAGCUGGCUGCCUCUGCUGGCCAAGCGCUGCCACUCGGACACGCAAGUCUUCCUCUGCUCGCUCUUCGCGCCUGUUUGCCUGGACCGGCCCAUCUACCCGUGCCGCUCGCUGUGCGAGGCCGUGCGCGCGGGUUGCGCGCCGCUCAUGGAGGCUUACGGCUUCCCCUGGCCAGAGAUGCUCCACUGCCACAAGUUCCCCCUGGACAACGACCUCUGCAUCGCAGUGCAGUUCGGGCACCUGCCUGCCACCGCGCCUCCAGUGACCAAGAUCUGUGCCCAGUGUGAGAUGGAGCACAGCGCUGAUGGCCUCAUGGAACAGAUGUGUUCCAGUGACUUUGUGGUCAAGAUGCGCAUUAAGGAGAUCAAGAUGGACAAUGGGGACCGGAAGUUGAUUGGUGCCCAGAAGAAGAAGAAGCUGCUCAAGGCAGGCCCCUUAAAGCGCAAGGACACCAAGAAGCUGGUCCUGCACAUGAAGAAUGGCGCAAGCUGUCCCUGCCCGCAGCUAGACAACCUGACAGGCAGCUUCCUGGUCAUGGGCCGCAAAGUGGAGGGGCAGCUGCUGCUCACGGCAGUCUACCGCUGGGACAAGAAGAAUAAGGAAAUGAAGUUCGCAGUCAAAUUCAUGUUCUCCUACCCCUGCUCCCUCUACUACCCUUUCUUCUAUGGAGCAGCUGAACCCCACUGAAGGGCCUCCUCUUGCCUCAGCCGGCCAGCUGUGCCUAGCCUUGCCCCCUGUCCCUGCCCACCUGGCCUCACCCCCACUCCCAGGCUGACCAUGCCUCUGGCAAGGAUGGCUUCAUGCAGCUACUACUGGCCCAGGCUCCGAAGGAAAGGCAUGGGGCUACCCUCCUUGACUAAAGGGGUCUGCAGAGGGGCAGGGCGGGGGAUCUCUCUCAGGAGAAGGACUUUGUCUUCUGGGGGAAGCCCUAGUGUCUGAGAAAGCAGGCAGAAGAGAAAAAUGUGAAGGAAGGCUGCAGUGCCUCUGCAGCCUGGGGAGGGACUUUCCAAAAAGAAUAGUGGGUCUCAGUGCUUACAGGACCGCUUUCUUCCCCCACUGGCCCUUUAUGUGUCAUCACAGCCCUCCAAAGGGCAAGAAUCAAGGCCUCCACGUCCUCCAACCGCACCCACUUCUCAUCCUGAGGCCCUCAGGACUGGAGCGCAGGCUCAGCAGCUUCCGCAGACACCGUCACACAGGCUUGCUUCCUGGCUCUUGCUCAGCCUCCCACACCCUGUGUCCCAACGAUGAUAAAUUAUUGCUACUGCUGUGAGGCCACUGGUUCUAGACAAGUUUGGGUCUUAAUUUUUUUUUUAAGUUUUUAAUUAAAUAAAAG